GCGGAACAGCGCUCACGUCAUGACAAUAAAAUAAUCGCUUUUAAUUCGAAUAUAAGAAAUGAAAUUUUGACGUUGACAAUAAAAGAAAAAAAGGAAAAAAUUGAAAUUAUUACAAUAAAAAACAUUUGUUGGUGACUGAACGCAGCGUAACAGGAUGUGGUCAACUCUUCCGGCGUGGUUCAUCACAAUUUGCGUGUGCGCCUGCGCUCAACGCAUCGACCAUGAGCCCUUGCUUUCUCCACGCCAGUCCCGGGUUCGAGACCGGGAAGUGAAACCUGAUGAACCUACCUGUGACCAGCUCAAGGCUAUGUGGAGGUUCUCGAAAAGGCAAGCCCGAGCACCCGAAAUUAUGAACGAGGUUAAUUCCUACCGUGAUCCGAUGCUGUACAAUGAGUGGCCCGUCUACACAGCCGUGCCUAGGGCUGCCCCAAGAUUCCGCUACCAAUACCCCGCUAUGCCACGUGAGGCAUAUGGCCGAGUGAUUACGAAGGCACCACCAAAUGUCGUCCGCACACCCGACUAUGGAGAAAUGUUCGGAAUGUUGAACGUUCCCCAUACAUCUGGCAAGAUCUUACGUUACCCGGGGCCUUCAAGACCUCGAGGUGGGUCCACUUUUAUGGUGCCACCUCAACGUGACAGAUUUGAGGCGCUGAAGAAGCUAAUAAGACAAGAACAUAUCCGCGAAUUACAGAGGAAAUAUGAGACAGAGCAGAAACAUGAACUGAAGGAAAUCGUUGCGGGUCGAGGCAAUGAGGAGUAUCCGUAUGGGGCGUAUGGUGAACAGGAACCUCGGGGCCUGCAGCCCCUUGAGUACGCAGCUGAUGACCCCACCGCUAGGCACAAUAAGAAACCAACUGCCGGCAGCCGUCAAGUAUCCCAGUUCUCGCGUUACUCCGAUGUGAUGCUUCCACCAGUACGCCGUACCGUUUACCCUUACAUGGACUACACUCUCCCUGAAUAUAUCCCCUACUACUGAGUCCCUCCCUCGACCAGAGGCAUCAGACAUUCCCAGGGGCAACCCUCGUACAACUCUUCAGGCUUUAAAACCCAUUUAUAUCAGUAUUAAUGGUCAUAUCUAUACCAUAUCGCUUUCGCUUCUCGACGCGAGCUUUGCGUUAUUUUUUUAUAAGUGAAAUUUUUUACGUAGAUUCGAAUUUUAUCUAAUAUUUUUAUAGUGUAAGAUUAGAUGUUUUAGGAC